CUCGAGGGCCCGACCGACACCAGCGCCGCCGCGGUUGCCUCGAUGGCCCUCCUCACGCUCUCCGAGCUGCAGCCCGGCACCGACUGCGCCCGCCGAUACCUCUGCGCCGCGACCUCCACCAUCCGCGCGCUCGCGGGCCGCCGCUUCCUCGCGGCCCCCCCGCCGCCGCGCUCUGGCGCCGGAGCCGCGGCCGUGGGCGCCGCGCGGGGCGGGCCGAUGCUCAAGCACGGCACGGCGGCGCGGCCGCUGGGGAUCGCGAUCGACCGUGGGCUGGUGUAUGGGGAUUACUACCUUCUUGAGGCUAUCGAGAUCUGCAGGCGCCUGCCCGGCUGCCUCGAUGCGUGA